AUGAGUUCUGGUCACAUCCCGCUGGCUCUAUACUCACACGUCCUCCUCUGUCAGCACGUCCUCCUCUGCCAGCUGUCAGCACUACUCUGUCAGCGCUCCUCUGUCAGCACGUCCUCCUCUGCCAUCUGUCUGCACUACUCUGUCAGCGCUCCUCUGUCAGCACGUCCUCCUCUGUCAGCACGUCCUCCUCUGUCAGCACGUCCUCCUCUGUCAGCACGUCCUCCUCUAUCAGCUGUCAGCACUCCUCUGUCAGCACGUCCUCCUCUUUCAGCACUCCUCUGUCAGCACGUCCUUCUCUGUCAGCACUCCUCUUUCAGCACUCCUCUGUCAGCACUCCUCUGUCAGCACUCCUCUGUUAGCACGUCCUCCUCUGUCAGCACGUGCUCCUUUGUCAGCACGUCCUCCUCUGUCAGCACGUCCUCCUCUGUCAGCACGUCCUCCUCUGUCAGCACGUGCUCGUCUGUCAGCACGUCCUCCUCUGUCAGCAAGUCCUCCUCUGUCAGCACGUGCUCCUCAGUCAGCACGUCCUCCUCUGUCAGCACGUUCUCCUCUGUCAACACGUUCUCCUCUGUUAGCACUCCACCUUCAGCACGUCCUCCUCUGUCAGCACUCCUCUGUCAGCACUCCUCUGUCAGCACUCCUCUGUCAGCACUCCUCUGUCAGCACUCCUCUGUCAGCACUCCUCUGUCAGCACUCCUCUGUCAGCACUCCUCUGUCAGCACUCCUCUGUCAGCACUCCUCUGUCAGCACUCCUCUGUCAGCACUCAUCUGUCAGCACUCCUCUGUCAGCACUCCUCUGUCAGCACUCCUCUGUCAGCACUCCUCUGUCAGCACUCCUCUGUCAGCACUCAUCUGUCAGCACUCCUCUGUCAGCACUCCUCUGUCAGCACUCCUCUGUCAGCACUCCUCUGUCAGCACUCCUCUGUCAGCACUCCUCUGUCAGCACUCCUCUGUCAGCACUCCUCUGUCAGCACUCCUCUGUCAGCACUCCUCUGUCAGCACUCAUCUGUCAGCACUCCUCUGUCAGCACUCCUCUGUCAGCACUCCUCUGUCAGCACUCCUCUGUCAGCACUCCUCUGUCAGCACUCCUCUGUCAGCACUCCUCUGUCAGCACUCCUCUGUCAGCACUCCUCUGUCAGCACUCCUCUGUCAGCACUCCUCUGUCAGCACUCCUCUGUCAGCACUCCUCUGUCAGCACUCCUCUGUCAGCACUCCUCUGUCAGCACUCAUCUGUCAGCACUCCUCUGUCAGCACUCAUCUGUCAGCACUCCUCUGUCAGCACUCCUCUGUCAGCACUCCUCUGUCAGCACUCCUCUGUCAGCACUCCUCUGUCAGCACUCCUCUGUCAGCACUCCUCUGUCAGCACUCCUCUGUCAGCACUCCUCUGUCAGCACUCCUCUGUCAGCACUCCUCUGUCAGCACUCCUCUGUCAGCACUCCUCUGUCAGCACUCCUCUGUCAGCACUCCUCUGUCAACACUCCUCUGAUUCAGAAAAGUAGUCCUAAAUUUGCUAUGAACUGCGCAGUGGUUCCCAAAUCUGGCAGCUCUCCGUAG